UGGCUUAGGGGGAGGGAAUCCUUGUGCCACGUUGAUGGAGCGCAGUGGGGACGUGGAAUUCAGCUCCCUUCCAGCCGGGUGACCCGCUACCUGCUAGUUGGCUAGUUCUCUGCAGAUUCAAGACGAGAAUUACCAUAGCGAUCGAUUAAAGUUUUGGACCCGUGCUUGCCGCAUCCGUGAGAGUGUGAAUGCGUGAACGGGGAGCGGGCUGACAGGAUGAAGCUGAAAGAGAUCAACCGCACAGCUAUCCAGGCCUGGAGCCCAGCGCAGCAGCAUCCAGUCUACCUGGCCACAGGCACCUCUGCCCAGCAGCUAGAUGCCAGCUUCAGUACCAGCGCCUCGCUGGAGAUCUUCCAGCUGGACCUGACUGACCCGACACUGGACAUGAAGACCAGCGGCACCUUCUCAUCCCCUCACAGGUACCACCAGCUGGCGUGGGGUCCCCAUGGCAUCGGGUCAGACGGACAUCCCUCAGGGGUGCUCAUCGCUGGGGGAGAGAAUGGGAACAUCAUCCUGUAUGACCCCGCCAAGAUCCUCGAUGGCAGCAGCGACGUGGUCAUCGACCAGAGCACCAAACACACAGGCCCCGUCCGGGCGCUCGAUGUCAACCCCUUCCAGACAAACCUGUUCGCCUCAGGAGGGAAUGAGUCAGAGAUCUACAUCUGGGACCUGAACUCCUUCAGCUCUCCAAUGACCCCCGGGCCUAAAUCUCAGCCCCUGGAGGAUGUGAGUUGCGUAGCGUGGAACGGUCAGGUGCAACACAUCCUUGCGUCUGCUAGCCCCAGUGGCCGAGCCUCCAUCUGGGACCUGCGCAAGAACGACCUCAUCAUCAAAGUCAGCGACCACAGUAACCGGAUGCACUGCUCGGGGUUGGCAUGGCACCCAGAGGUGGCCACUCAGCUGGCGUUGGCGUCUGAAGACGACCGCAUGCCCGUCAUCCAGAUGUGGGACCUGCGCUUUGCUACCUCACCCCUCAAAGUGCUGGAGAACCAUACCAGAGGUGUUUUGGCAAUUGCCUGGAGUCUGGCAGAUCCAGAGCUGCUGCUGAGUUGUGGGAAAGACAACCGCAUCCUGUGCUGGGAUCCAAACACAGCCGAGGUUCUCUAUGAGCUGCCCACCAGUAGCCAGUGGUGUUUUGACAUCCAGUGGUGCCCCAGGAACCCUGCGCUCCUCUCCGCUGCUGCCUUUGAUGGCCACAUCAGCGUCUACUCCAUCAUGGGGGGCAAGAAUGACGCCGUCAGCCUCAAACAGGCUGAUCAGAUCAGCACGUCGUUUGGUAACCUGGACCCGUUUGGCACGGGUCAGACUCUGCCACCGCUACAGCUGCCCCAAGCCCCCACUGCCCCAUCCACAGUCACCCCCCUCAAGAAACCCCCCAAGUGGAUCCGUCGCCCUGUCGGAGCCUCAUUUGCGUUUGGAGGCAAACUGGUUUCCUUGGAGAACGGCAACCCUCUCCCUCAGCCUACCCAGCAGCCUCUGCCCCGUGUGGUGCACGUCAGCCAGGUUGUCACGGAGACGGCGUUCCUGGAGCGCUCCGGUCAGUUGCAGGCCACUCUGAGUGCCGGCAGCUUCGCCGAGUUCUGCCAGACGAAGAUCGAGGCAGCGCCCAGCGAGUUUGAGAAGGCGGUGUGGUCCUUCCUCAAGGUGAACUUUGAGGACGACAGUCGUGGAAAGUACCUGGAACUUCUUGGGUACAAAAAGGAGGAGUUGGCACUGAAGAUUGCUGAGGCUCUGGAGAAGAAAGACUCCCAGCCUGCAGAGGCCGUAUCUGAGCCUCUAGCGGUUCCCGAAUCUCAACCAGAACCGGAACCGGAACCUGAGCCGGAACCACAGACUCAAGAACCUGAGGCUGAACCCGCACCUCCUGAACCUACGCCAGACUUCCCUGCUGACUCCUUCUCCGUCUUUCCUGCCGACUCCUUCUCCAUUUCACAGCCUGUGAUACUCCAUCAACUCCAUCAGCCAGAAGCAGUGCCUGAACCUCAGACAGAGCCCGCAGUGGAGCUUGUACCUCCACCACAAGUGGAACCUGCGAUUCCACCAGAACUUGCAGCAGAACACGUACCUAAAUCCGAGGUGGAACUGGCCCCUGAAACGCAAGUGGAACCCAUUUCUGAAGUGGAAUUUGUACCUGAAGCUGAAGUGAUGUUUGCACCAGGACCCCAGGCAGAAGUCCAACCCGAACUUCAAGCAGGUCUUAUGCCUGAACCUCAAUUGGAACUCGUACCAAAUGUUCAACCAGAAGCACACACUGUCAGUGGAACAUUGCCUCCUGAAGCAGCCGCAGUGGGACAACCUCCUGAAGCAGCUAUUUUGGAACCGCUUUCUGAAGUGGCUCUUCUAGAACCACCUCCUGAAGCAGCGACUCUGGAACCACUUCCCAAAGCAGCCAUUCUGGAACCAUCUCCUCAAGCAGCUAUUUUGGAACCGCUUUCUGAAGUGGCUCUUCUAGAACCACCUCCUGAAGCAGCGACUCUGGAACCACUUCCCGAAGCAGCCAUUCUGGAACCAUCUCCUCAAGCAGCUAUUUUGGAACCGCUUUCUGAAGUAGCCCUUCUAGAACCACCUCCUGAAGCGGUUACUCUGGAACCACUUCCUGAAGCAGCCAUUCUGGAACAAUCUCCUGAAGCCAUUACCUUGGACCCCUCUUUACAACCUCUCAUUCCUUUGGACGCCUCUCCAGCUGCCAGCCUUCAUCUGACACCUGAAGCCAUGGCACUGGUGGACCUCCAGGACUUCAGUGUCCCGACACUUGCUCCUCCACUCAACCUGCAGCAGCAGCCUGUGUCUCUAUUCGCGCCUCCCUGUGAAGUCCAGCAGGCUCUUCCUGUAUUUGCUCCUCCCAGUGACAUCCAGCAAUCGCUUCCUUUAUUCGCACCUUCACCAGCACAACUGCUUCUUGCCCCAGCAGAUCAACUACCCCCUGGGAACACAGGCUUCACGAGUCCCCCUUACCCUUCAGAUGCGUCGGCUGUUCCCCUAGCAGCUCCUGGCUUUGGUCUGGCCCCCAUGGAAGUCCCAGCUCCCCAGAUUGACCUUGCGUCUUCAGUUGACCUCUCCUUUCCACCAGUGGCCCAACUUCCUGUAAAUGAAUGUAUACCCCAAGAUGUCCAACCACCUGUGCUUGAUACUGUACCUGGCAUUGUCUCCUCACCUGCUCCUGAGCCUGUACCUGCUGUUGGUAUAUUACCUGUACCUGAGCCUCUACCUGUUGUUGGCAUUUCACCUGUAUCUCAGCUGCUACCUGUUGUUGGCAUUUCACCUGUACCCGAGUCUAUACCUGCUGUUGCCGUUCCACCUGUGCCACAGUGCAUACCUGCUGCAGACCUUUCUGCUCCUCCACCUGAAGUGCCUGUAGUUGACCCGUCUCCUCCAGUACCCUUGCAUCCAGUGCCCAUGUUCACACCUGGUGCCCCUUCACAGCAGCUGUCUCAGGCGUGUGACCUCUCUGAUCGAGCAGAGGGCGCACCUGAGCCCCGGGUGGUCAUGCAGGCUCCUGCCCCUGAGCCUGUGGUGGAUCUACCAGGGGACACGCAGGAGCCAGUGGUCCCCGCUCCCUCCGAGGAGGAGAGAACCCUACAGGAGUGGGAGCCGGAGGAGGAGGUGGAACUACAACUGGAAGAAGAUAUGCUGCCAGAACCAGAGCCAGUGGCUGUGGUGGAACCGGAGAUGGAGGAGGAGAAGGAGGAGAAGGAGGAGGAGGAGGAAGCAGCUGAUGACCUUAUUGAAGAACCCUUAGAAGAUCCCACGGAGGACAUAAGCACAGGACCUGCAGAACCCGCGAGGGAACCUGAAGUGGCGGUCGAACCACCCGCACCUGCUCCAUCCGUUUCAGAACCUGUCAAACUCAAAGUUAGCAAAGAAGUGGACGGUCUGAUCACACAGGCACUGCUCACAGGCGACUUUGAGAGCGCCGUUGAUCUCUGUCUCCAUGACAACCGGAUGGCGGACAGCAUCAUCCUGGCCAUCGCUGGUGGACCGGAACUCCUGGAGAGGACCCAGAAGAAGUACUUCCUGAAGACCCAGACAAAAAUCACCAAGCUCAUCAGUGCGGUGGUGAUGAGGGACUGGCUGGACAUCCUGCAGACAUGUGAACUGCACAGCUGGAGGGAGGCCCUGGCAGCGGUCAUGACCUACGCCAAGCCUGAGGACUUCUCCAAUCUCUGUGGUCUGCUGGGCUCUCGUCUGGAGCAGGCGGAGGACUUGUCGCUGCAGGCCCAGGCGUGUUUGUGUUACAUCUGCGCUGGCAGUGUGGAGAAGCUCGUGACCUGCUGGACCAAAGCCCAGGAGUCCCAGUGUCCACUCUCACUGCAGGACCUGGUGGAGAAGGUGGUGAUUCUGCGCCAGGCGGUGGAGCGGACUCACGGGGCUCAGGCCUCCACCAUGGGCACCAUGUUGGCACAGAAGAUGGGCCAGUACGCCAGUCUGCUGGCGUCGCAGGGUAGUCUGGACACCGCCCUGGCCUACCUGCCUGAGAACAGCAACCAGGAAGUGGUGGAGAGGCUGCGGGAUCGUCUCAGCAGGGCUCUUGGGCACCAGGCCGCCCCCGUGACUGCCACCCCCCAGGCCCCCAGUGCCCACCCUGCGCCCACCAACAUGCCCACAGCCAGGCCAGCGGCAGCGCCAGCGUACGCCUACAAUCAGCAGCACUCCGCACAGCCUGUGCCCGCCCCGGCACCCGCACACACAGCACCUCAGUACUACCAGCAGUUCAGGUCCGCCUCCACAGUCACCUCCUGGAGUAACCAAACCCCAACUGUCCUUCCCAGUGCCCCUCGGCCUCUAGGCCCUGCCCCUGAACCACAGGUUGACCCUAGUGUUCCACCAUUUGGUCUUCAGGCUCCUGUGAGUGCUGCCCCUCCUGCGUCAUCUGCCCCAGGCUACAUGCACUCACAGCAGUAUCCUCAGAUCUUUCCUCACUACAAUGCCGGGGCAGCUGCUCCCCCAGCCCUCUACAACCCUCUCCAAUACUCUUCAUCGCCCCCUUCUGGUGGGGCUGCUUAUCCUCCCUCCUCCUCUGCCCCCUACCCCCACCACUACAUGCCCUCUGCUGCCCCCUACCCCCCCAGCCCUGCCACAGCCUACCCCUCCCAUCCGCAUCAUCAUCAUCCUCCUCCUCUUCCUCACUCGCUGCCCUCUCCUCCUGCGGCCUCUGUCGCUCCCUCCUUCCCCUCUCCUCCGCCUGUCGCCUCCUCUUCCUUCGCUCCUUCCUCUCCUCCUCCGCUGAUGGGAGGAAGCACGUUUCAGCAGGGCGGACUGGGCUCCCCCGUGUCCAACGUGCCCCCUGCACUGCUGCCGCCCGGAGCCUCAGGUACAGAGACGCAUGCCUCAGGUGACACCCAGGUGCCCGCCUCACAGAGAACAGGGUCGAUGAGCCAAGAUGAAAACGAUCUGGCUGAAGGACCUCAGAAUGGUUGGAAUGACCCCCCCAACCUGACCAGAGGCCCCAAGAAGAAGAAGGUUCUGGAUAACUACGCCCCUCCUGCCCCCAUCACCGCCCCCAUCAUGUCUCCGCUAGGGGAGCCCCAACCCCAGGCCCCCACGGGCCCCCCACAGCCCUACCCCCAGCCUGGCCUGCAGGCCCCCUACGCCCCCAUGCAGCACCACCCUCCCCAGGGCGUAGCCCCGGCCCCCGGACCCCCCUCUGUGCCCCUCAUGAACCUGCAGGGGGCACCAGGAGCCCCUACAGGAGACCGCAUCCAGCCCAUGCAGAAGCUGCCAGCAGAGAAGGUAUCCAAGAAGCCGAUCCCACAGGAGCACAUGAUGCUCAAGACCACAUUCGAGGGACUCGUACAGAAAUGCCUGGCUGCUGCCUCCGAUCCGCAAACCAAGAGGAAGCUGGACGUGGCCAACAAACGCCUUGAGAUGCUGUAUGACAAGCUGAGGGAGCAGAGUCUCUCUCCAGCCAUCGUGGGUGGCCUGCACAACAUGGCGCGCAGCAUCGAGUCGCGGGCGUACACCGACGGCCUUAACAUCCACACACACAUCGUGAGCAGCAGCAACUUCAGCGAGAUCUCCGCCUUCAUGCCUGUACUCAAAGUGCUGCUUACAGAGGCCAUCAAACUCGGGGUGUGAGACAAGGGGGAGUACACACACACACACACACACACACACACACACACACACACACACACACACACACACACACACACACACACACACACACACUCACUCACUCACUCACACACACAUACUCACACUCACACAUGCUGUAUGUGUGCACAUACAGGCACGCACAUACACACCACACAUGUAUACACACUCACACACAUUAUUUUGCACAUACACAUACUCACACAAACACAGAUGCUGCCACUCUACCAGUGUUAACGCAACUCUAGUCCAAGCCAUGACUGUCCUGAUCAGUAAGGUGCCCAAACGUCGGGAUGCGGGACCAAGCGCUUGACCGUUUGCCAGUCUUAUUCUCCGCUGACAUCUUAGUCACACCUCUGACGUCUGUCUUCUAUUUCCCAUUUUUGUUUUAUUUCUUUGUUUCGUUUCUUUGUUUUAUUGUCGUUUUUAUUCUGUGCAUAAUCAAGUGAGAGCAGAGUGCAAUGGGGUUACCCCAACGGAACCCGCAGAACCAACCUCACACAAAUGGUGUUUACAGAACUCAUCUUUGAACCGGGUGGCAUUCUUAGAAACCCACCCGACCACACACGGAACCCUCCUGACUGUGUUCUAAAGGUGGAAUGUGCCCCCGGGACUAGUCUGCUCAAUCUCCAGUCGUCUGCCUAUCUGCGGCCUGGAGUCUUUCUGGUUCUCUGCGGGCUCCACAGAACCAAUCUAAUCAUUAUCUAACUCUCUUAAAGCUUUUAGGGAAGACUUUUAGUCACAGUUGCAGAACGUUAGUCUGAAGAAUGCAGCAUGCUUUAAAUGAAGUAGACGACCCAAAAGGUUGUUCUUCACUCAGUCACCUUCUUUAAGCCAAACCCAAGGUGACUGACAGUGGUAGUAAUCUUGCCUUCAGUAUGUAUUAGUCAGUUAAUCUUACUACAGAUGCAGUGCUUUUAAGCUUUGGCUAUUUUAGUUCAAGAAGCAAGAUUCCGCUUGGCUUUCCUUUGCAGCUUUUUCAACCAGAGGAUCCAAAAGCAAGCCAAUGUUUCCAUAAAUACUAUUUAUUUUAAAGGUUUUUAAUUUGAAAGUUGCAAUGGCAACGCCUUUUAAUUAUGAGAAUAAUUGCUGCAAUAUUUUUAGUACCAGUGAUCAUGUUGUAAACGAAGGGCUGCCCAUUGAAGCAUCCAUGUGUCUGUCCGUCACUCAUAUUAUAAUCACCUGGACGCUGGCUGGGGGCUACUCCUCUGAAGCUCCAGUCUGACCAGUCGGAGUCUGCUUCUGAGCUCUUUAUGAUGGCAUUAUGCAUCCAGAGAUGUUCAUGACAGAGGUUUGCAAGGGCUCAAGACCAUGAGUAACAGAUUGGACAAAGAUCUUGGCUUGACCACAGGCUUAAAAUGUAGACACAAAGGGAAUGUGUGUGUGUGAGUGUUUCUGACACGUCUCCGUGUACAGUAUAUGGUGUGUCUGAGGUUUCAGUUGUGUCAUGGGCCGUGAAGAUGAAAUAUUUGCCUUCGACUUAUUCAACGGAAGCAGUCUGUUCUGCAGAACACUGCAGCUUGUCCUCAGAGAUGGAGGUUCUGAGGCGUGCUGACCGCAGUCGUAUGUGGACACGUGACUCCUGGUUCUGGUGUCUUUCCUCUUCUGUGAGAUCUCUCUGAUCAUCAGUCUGAUGUAAAAUUUAAUAGCAAUCUACGAAGAAAAAACUGGUCUAUGACGUUUAUUAACAUUUCUCUGCAGACGGGUUGGAAAAGUAAUUUGUUAUCAGGAGUCUGUAAUGCUAUGUUUUUGAAUCUUAUCAAUAAAUGCAUAAUUAUGUAAA